AUGUUCAAGCCCACCGUACUCGUCACAGGCUCAGCCGGCCAUCUUGGCAAAGCCCUGAUGCUCGCCCUCCCCGAACUCGGCUACAACCCCAUCGGCAUCGACAUCAAGGCCAGCCAAACCACCACCUCGGUCGGCUCCAUCACCGACACGGCCUUCCUCGCCUCCAUUUUCGACGCCCACAAACCGGAUCACGUCAUCCACGCCGCAACGCUGCACAAGCCCCAUGUCGGAUCGCAUAGCAAAACCGAUUUUGUCCAGACGAAUAUCGCAGGCACGCUCGCCCUGCUCGAGGCUGCCGCUCCACCAUCUUCAUCUACCUCUUCUACUCUUGCUGGCAGGACGGUGAAAUCCUUCGUCUUCAUCUCCACCACCUCGGCCUUUGGCGCCGCCCUGUCUUCCCCUCCAGGCCAGCCCGCGGUAUGGAUCCACGAGUCUGUCGAGCCCGUGCCCAAAAACAUCUACGGCGUCACCAAGACCGCGGCCGAGGACGUGUGCCGGCUCGUGAACAAGCAGACGGGCUUGCCGGUGAUCGUGCUCCGGACGAGCCGCUUCUUCCCCGAGGAGGACGACGACGAGGAGCGGAGGGGGGAGGUGACGGACGGGGAGAACCUGAAGGUGUUGGAGCUGGCGUAUCGGAGGGUGGAUAUUGCCGAUGUCGUCUCGGCGUGUGUGUGCGCGAUGCGCAGAGGCGCCGAGGGCGCGGUCAAGUGGGGGAAGUACAUCAUCAGCGCGCCGACGCCAUUUAAGAAGGACGCGGCUACGCUGGAACGGCUUGGUACGGGGAAUGCGGACGAGGUGUUUAGCGAGCUUGUGCCCGGGAUUGAUACGCUUUUCCGGGAAAAGGGGUGGCGGUUCCUAAGGAGGAUCGAUAGGGUGUAUGAUUCACAGUUGGCGAUGAGGCGCGAGGAGCUCAGGUGGAACCCGGAGUACACCUUUGAGAGGGCGAUCGAGAGGCUGGAGAGGGGAGAGGAGUGGAGGAGCGAACUGUCGUUCAAGGUGGGCAAGUUGGGGUAUCAUGAUGUUCCGACGGGGGUUUAUACCACAGAGAAGAAGGCGCAGGAUGGGCAAUGA